AUGAAAUACAUCAUUGGAAUUGGCGGGGUGACUAAUGGUGGUAAAACCACUUUGACAAAUAAACUGAUUAAGACUUUGCCCAACUGCUGUGUUGUGCAUCAAGAUGACUUUUACAAGAAACCUGAUCAGAUAGAAGUUGGUCACGAUGGCUUUAAACAGUGGGAUGUGAUCACUGCUCUGGAUAUGGAGGCCAUGACCAACACUGUCAAAGCCUGGAUGGAGAACCCUGUGAAGUUUGCCCGGUCCCACGGUGUCUCUUUGGCUCCCGCAGCACAAGUGGUUGACCCAGAUCAGCAAAUUCACAUCCUAAUUGUGGAGGGAUUUCUCCUCUAUAACUAUGCGCCUCUGUUGGACGUAUUCAGCAAGUGCUAUUACAUCACCAUACCCUACGAGCAGUGCAAGAUGAGAAGAAGUACAAGACAAUACACUGUGCCAGACCCUCCAGGCCUUUUUGACGGACACGUGUGGCCCAUGUAUCUGAAGCACAGGAAAGAGAUGGAGGACUGCAGCUUAGAUAUUGAGUAUUUGGAUGAACAACCUCCUCAACUGUUUAUAGCAUACGGAUGGCAAGUCUCCAUCUUAUGUACAGGGUGUAAAUACUUGAUGGGAGGAGGCCAGGAGUCACAUUUACGCGCCAGGGGACCGUGGAGACACCGGUUCCAAUGGGAGAGUAACGGGCACGUGUACAGUUUAUUGAGCACGGGGACACAGUACCGCUCACCUCGACAGGACAGAAAGCGCACCCAGAUGCUGCUGACCACAAAGAGUAACCGCAACGCGCCUCUCACACCCAGACCCAGGCUGGAAGCGCGCAAUGAGCAAAUGGCCACUUCUGCUCUGGUACCUGAUGCUGGUCCGUAUAUUCUCAUCUCUGGACAAUCCGCACAGCUCACGGGAGAGCAACAACCAACCUCAAGUUCUGUGCAGGACUUUUCAGGCGGUGGGGUCCUGCGUGGAGGUCGCAGUACACCUGUUGAAGACACAGCUGUACAUCAGACCUCAGUCCUCCCGGUCAGCUCAGUGGACACUGUGCUCAGACCUGGAACCAGUGAACAGACCGCAGAUCUACAAAGUCCGCCAACUCAAAGUGUAGAAGCGGAGACCAAUGUGUCAAACGCAGUGGAGAUCCAUUUCCCCCGUCUGAGACAAGAGGCAGUGGCGCACACGGGCACAGGGCAUCCGCCAGACAUAUCAGCCCACUCCGAAGACCGCAACUCCGUCUUCUAUAAUGCAAAUCCACCGACCCGCAGAACCAGCCAUCCGUCGAGAAUGCCCGCCCCAGGGACUGGAUAUGGGACCAGAUUCUUCCACAGUGGUUUGCCUGAUUUGGUUCCAGACCCAUACUACAUCCAGUCGUCCUCUUACAUCCACAGAAUGCAGAUGUAUGCGCUGCGCUGUGCAGCUGAAGAGAACUGUCUCUCAAGCUCUGCGUAUCGCCCUGGUGUCAGUGACCUGGAGUACAGGGUCUUAUUGAGAUUCCCACAACGAGUGAAGAACCAGGGGACUGCAGACUUCCUCCCACUGAGACCCAGACACCAGUGGGAAUGGCACAGCUGUCACCAGCACUAUCACAGCAUGGAAGCCUUUAGUACCUAUGACCUACUGGAUGUCGCCACUGGACUGCAAGUGGCUCAAGGGCAUAAGGCCAGUUUCUGUCUUGAAGAUACCACAUGUGACCCAGGAGUAAGGCGACGCUAUGCCUGCACCGCACAUACACAGGGGCUUGGUCCAGGUUGCUAUGACACAUACCACGCCAAUAUAGACUGCCAGUGGAUUGACAUAACUGAUGUGCUCCCAGGAAACUACAUUCUUAAGGUGACAGUAAACCCCUCCCAUCUGGUUGAAGAGUCAGAUUUCUCCAAUAACGUGGUCCAGUGUGACGUCAGAUACACAGGGAGCUACGUUCAAACCAGAAACUGCAGGAUCACUGUAAGCUGA